AUGUCCGGCUACGAUCAGUACAACCAGGGUGGCUACGGCCAGCAGGGUUACGGCCAACAGCAGCAGGGCUACCCCCCUCAGCAGGGUUACGGCCAACAGGGCUACGGUCAGCAGCAGGGUUACCCUCAGCAGGGCUACGGCCAGCAGGGUGGCUCUGGCGAUUACUACGGCCAGCAGCAACAGCACCAGCAGCACCAGGGUUACGGCCAGCAGCAGGGUGGCGCAUCUGACUACUACGGUGGCCAGCAGCAGGGCGAGCACCAGUAUGGCCAGCAGCACGACCAGUACCGCCAGGGUGGUUAUGACCAGCAGCAGCAAGGUGCCCCCGGUGAAGCCCAGGAGGGCGAGCGUGGUCUCGCCGGUGCCCUCGCUGGAGGUGCCGCGGGUGGCUUCGCCGGCCACAAGGCCAACCACGGAUUCCUCGGAACAAUUGGUGGUGCUAUCAUCGGUUCCAUCGCUGAAGACGCUGUCAAGAAGCACCGCCAGAACAGCCACUCUCCCAACAACCAGGGUCCUCCCCCUGGUGGCCCUUACGGCGGUCCCCCUCCUUCCCACAAUGGUAGCUCCAACUCCAUGAUGGACCAGCUCGGUGGCUUCUUCAAGAAGUAG